AUGACACUUCCACCCCACACCUCAACCACAAAUAACCUCUCUCCCUUACCCAUCCCAUCUAACCCAGAUAACUCAAUGCCAAAAUCAACAGGCCCCCUCUCAGAACAACUCGGCUUCACCUCCACACAAGCCCCUUCGGACCCCAACGCCCUCAAAAUGACAGACAGCACCACCAGCGCCGCGGAUAAAAUCGGCGCGAAUAAGGGCACGAAUGCUAUUCCACAGGAGAACCCCUCUAUCCUCUCCUCCGCAGGGGCAAUCGGCAAGCAAUUUAACCCAGACGGCGCGAUCGGGCAGAUUGGCGAGAAGGUUGGGGGGCCGUUUAGUAAGGAUGGAGCGAUUGGGAGUCAAUUUGAUGCGAGCAAGGAUGGGAUCGCGGGACAUGUGGAGCGAGCGGUGGAUGGGCCGAGUAAUCCUGCUGGGAGUGCGAAGAAGGCUUAG